AUGGCCUCGACACUUCCAAGAUCCUUGGUGGGCAUCGCUCGGUCGUCGGUGCGAGCUCUGCACAGCUCUGUUGCCACUGCCGCUUCCACUUCGACGCUUUCGCCCGUCGCUGCCGCCCACAUGCGGCCUGUCAACGGUUUCGUCGGUGCGAUCGGCAACACGCCGCUCAUCCGUCUCAACAAGAUCAGCGAUGAGACUGGCUGCGAGGUACUCGGAAAGGCCGAGUUCAUGGAGCCAGGAGGAAGUGUCAAGGAUCGUGCUGCACUCUACGUGGUCAAGGAUGCCGAGGAACGCGGUCUUAUCAAGCCUGGUGGCACCGUUGUCGAGGGCACGGCAGGCAACACCGGUAUCGGUCUAGCUCACGUCUGCCGUAGCAAGGGCUACAGGUGCGUCAUCUACAUGCCCAACACGCAGUCGCAGGAGAAGAUCGACCUGUUGCGCAUGCUCGGUGCCGAAGUGCACCCUGUUCCCGCCGUUGCGUUUGACAAUCCGGACAACUACAACCACCAGGCUAAACGUCAUGCCGAACGCCUCGAAAAUGCGGUCUGGACGAAUCAGUUCGACAACACCGCCAAUCGACGCGCUCACAUCGAGACUACAGGCCCCGAGAUCUGGGAUCAGAUCGACGGAAACCUCGACGGCUUCAUUUGCGCCACCGGAACAGGAGGCACACUCGCCGGCAUCACCAGUUACCUCAAGCAAAAGAGCAACGGCAAAGUCCAGUGCUGGCUUGCCGACCCACCUGGCUCAGUGCUCCACUCGUAUAUCCAGACCAAGGGCAAGCUCAUGGACCGCGAAGGUGGUUCCAUCACCGAAGGUAUUGGUCAAGGCCGAGUUACCGAAAACCUCAAGCCAGACGUUGAGAAGCUCGACAACUCGGUCCACGUUCCUGACGAGGAGAGCAUCUCGAUGGUCUACGACCUGCUCCACGAGGAGGGUAUCUACGUCGGAGCCUCGUCGGCGCUCAAUGUGGUAGCUGCCAAAAAGAUGGCCCAACAGCUCGGUCCCAACAAGACCAUCGUCACCAUUCUCUGCGACGGUGCGUACCGUUACCAGGCUCGACUUUUCUCGCGCAAGUGGCUCGAGUCCAAGAAGCUCGAUACCGCCAUCCCCGAGCAUUUGCAAAAGUACAUUGUCUUACCAUGA